AUGGGAGAGGUGACGAUCACGCUAGACGAUGCGGUACAGAUGCUGGUGGAGUUAUUGAUGGUCACUGCAGAGGCUGCCAGGGCUGAAACAGGGCAAUGUCGUGGACCGUAUUGCUGGAUAUACGAGCACUUUCCCUCAAUCGCGGAGUCUACUGUUGAUCCAAACUACGACGAGGAUUCACCGCGUGCCUGUAGUUGGAUUGCUACGAAGAAGACCGUGAAGAGCAUACGUACACUGAUGUACAGGGAACGCCUGGACCGACUCCGGAUUUCAGAUGUCUGUUGGAUCCCAUAUGGGGAGCACCGACCGGUCCAAGACUUCCAUAUGAUUUCAUGUUAUUCCGGUCUGCUGCGCUGGGGGCUCGUUUUUGUGUAUUACCGAUCAGAGAGGGUCAUGCGGGCAGUGUGCCAGCGACUACAUGGACUGGUUCUUCCGUAUUUCACAUCCAUUCAUGACACCGGGCCAGCCAUCAGAUCCUCUGGCAGAUGGUCAUGCUAUGCAGCCCAGAGUUAUCCUUUAGGAUCCAGAGACAGAUAUUCGUCCGAUCACGAAGCCAGCAGUACCGUCGACAUCUGCAAGGAAGCUUGUGAUGCGAUUGCGAAAAGGUUGGAGCGCCAUCUCAACCUAGGGGUGGUCACGCUAGGCACAUCGACACAUGAGGUGAUCGAAGAAUGCCUCAAGAUUGUCAUGAGUGUCAUAAAAGACCAACUAGUAUAUGUUAGGUCUCGACGCAGGCGGCACACGGAUCAGUCGUAG